AUGGCAGUUCGACAUUCUCCGCCUGCCACUCGAAACCGUGGAAGCCAACAUGGCUCCCCUUCUCAAAGAGGAACCUCCUCAACUCGCGGCUCUCGUGGUCGUGGUAGCGCUAGACUUGGCACCGAAUCAGCACCACCACAUCUUCCACCACCUCCCAACAUUCCACCAGUCAACCCACCAGAAAACCAACACCACCACUCUCCGCCCAUAUCUUCUUCCAACCUACAUGAGCAAAGCCCCCCGUUUGCAUCCAACGAACAAACUCUCCAACAUGUUUCAGCAGAUCAGUUCACUUCCACGCCUAUGGAUCACCGAGAACCUCCUCCUCAUCCUGAGUUCAAUCGAACUUAUCACCCGCAACCACGAAGACUUCAACCUUUGUCAUUUGAUGAUUUUAUUGGACAACCAGCAAUUUCUCAACCUCCUUCAAACACCAAUCAGAUCACCGCUAGACUUGACAAACUUGAUAAGCUAGCCCCCCAUGUAGAACGUUACAUAUCUAAAGUCCCCUUAUUGGAAAAUGACGGCUCAAACAUCAAUAACUGGCUCGACAACGUGAACGAUGCCAUAUACUUUAUGAUCGAUAAAACGGACUACCUGCUUAAGCCUUCAAAUCUCAAUCACGAUAUCCAUCCUGAAGUUGAUCUGGCUGAAAACAAACUCGCUUAUCGAGCUUUGUUUUAUACUAUCAGCCCAAUGCUACACCUGUCUCAACAUUUUGAAAGUAUUGAACGACUUGCUGAUGCACUUGAACGCGAUGGUUUUGUCUGGACUCGCGAUUCAAUCCUUAGUAUAAUAUAUCAAGCCACAAUGCCAAAAUCACCCGAUUAUGAUACUGCUAACGUAAAACUCGACGUUAGAUGGAACACCGAUCAACGUCCAUUUAGCUCAGCCGAGGUCAGGAAUGCUCUGCAAACAGCUCAUCUCAAAUUACGCCGCGAAGAAUCCCAACUCGAUCUUAAUUCGGAUUUCAACGCUAUGAGUAUAUCAGCACGCGAACAAUGGCCUUGUAAUUAUUGUAAACAAAAGGGUCACUGGAUAGACGAGUGCCCGGAACUACACAACAAAGCGAGACGGGCGAUCAAAUCCCAGAAUCAUCCCACACCUCCCUCGUCACCUUUUCCUUCUAGACAAGAAACUAAGAAUGACCGGAACGUGAAUACACACGACACCAAAUCUGUACGAUUCUCUGACGCAUCGGCAAAACCCCAAGUUACCGCACUAUCGAUCGAAGAUUUUGCCAACGGAGAUGGAACUUUUUCACUUGACCGUGAAAUUCCAUUCGAUCCGCCAUCGGUCAUGUCCUACCGAAUCGAUCCUGACGAUAUUCUCGCUGCUGAGGAAGCUGCUCAGGCUCGAGCUGAAGAGUCCGAUAUUCCUAAGGAAUAUUUCAUGUGA